AUGAAGUUUCUGCUGAAGAAAUGUUUGCGCAAGAAGGCGCCCGAAAUGAAGCCAGGCGCCAUACUGGACGCGGUCAUCUCGCAGUCGUCGGCAACGGCGUGCAGGUGUCUGCUCUACAAGCUGGCCGACUACAAGCGCGGUGGGGAUCUGAUCGAUGCGAUCAAUACGGGCGGACUGAUUGCCGUCGAGCAGCUGAUCCGGGAGCAGUUCGGCGUGUUCAUGUAUAACGAUGGCAAGGGCCAGAUGAUCAAUCGGGCCGAGUUCCUGCGCUGGAAAUAUCGCGAUCACACCGAGGUGACCAUACCGAUUGAGGCAUCGCUCUCCAUACACGAUCCGCUUGGCAAGUGGGAGGAUCACAAGGCCUGCUGGCAGAUGCAGUACCGCGGCGCACUCGGCGAGAGUCUGCUCCAUGUGCUGAUCAUCUGCGACUCGAAGAUACACACCAAACUGGCGCGCGUACUGCUGCGCGUCUAUCCCAAUCUGGCGCUGGACGUGAUGGAGGGCGAGGAGUAUCUGGGCGCCAGUGCGCUCCAUUUGUCCAUUGCGUACAGCAACAAUGAGCUGGUCGCCGAUCUGAUCGAGGCGGGCGCCGAUAUCAAUCAGCGCGCGAUCGGCAGCUUCUUUCUGCCGCGCGAUCAGCAGCGCUCGAAUCCGGCCAAGAGCACGGACUACGAGGGCCUCGCCUACAUGGGCGAGUAUCCGCUGGCCUGGGCCGCCUGCUGUGCCAACGAGAGCGUCUACAAUCUGCUCGUCGAUUGCGGCGCCGAUCCGGAUGCCCAGGACUCCUUUGGCAACAUGAUACUGCACAUGGUGGUCGUGUGCGACAAGCUGGACAUGUUCGGCUAUGCGCUGCGGCAUCCCAAGACGCCGGCCAAGAAUGGCAUUGCCAACCAGACGGGUCUCACCCCGCUCACCCUCGCCUGUAAGCUGGGCCGUGCCGAGGUCUUUCGCGAAAUGCUGGAGCUGUCCGCCCGCGAGUUCUGGCGCUACAGCAACAUCACCUGCUCCGGCUAUCCGCUCAACGCGCUGGACACCCUGCUGCCCGACGGACGCACCAACUGGAACUCGGCGCUGUUCAUAAUUUUGAAUGGCACCAAGCCGGAGCAUCUGGACAUGUUGGAUGGCGGCAUUAUACAGCGCCUGCUCGAGGAGAAAUGGAAGACCUUUGCACAGAAUCAAUUCCUGAAGCGUCUGCUCAUCUUAUCCACGCACCUGCUGUGCCUCUCCGUAUCCGUUUACCUGCGACCCGCACACGAUGGCGACGAGCUGGACGAUGGCGACACUGGCGAUGCGUCCGCGACAGCGGCCCAGCUGACCGAACUGGAUGGGCAUGGGAAUGGUAAGGAGCAGGGCGAGGACUACAAUGCCCAAACUGUGGCGCGCUACUGCGCCGAGCUGGCGACCAUAGCGGGCGUCCUGAGCUAUGUGGUCUUUCAGCAGGGUGACGAGAUCAAGAACCAGGGCUUAUCCGCAUUCCUCAAGCAGCUGUCACAUGCGCCGGCCAAGGCAAUUUUCUUGUUCUCCAAUCUACUCAUCCUGGCGUGCAUACCAUUUCGUCUGAUUGGCGACACGGACACCGAGGAGGCCAUCCUGAUCUUUGCUGUGCCCGGCAGCUGGUUUCUGCUUAUGUUCUUUGCCGGUGCCAUACGUCUGACGGGUCCCUUUGUAACCAUGAUAUACUCGAUGAUAACCGGCGACAUGUUCACCUUUGGCAUCAUUUACUCCAUUGUGCUGUGCGGCUUCUCGCAGGCAUUUUAUUUCCUCUACAAGGGACAUCCGCAGGUGCAGACGACCAUGUUUAAUACCUAUACCAGCACCUGGAUGGCCCUCUUCCAGACCACGCUGGGCGACUACAAUUAUCCCGAUCUGAACCAGACAACGUAUCCGAAUCUAUCGAAAACCGUAUUUGUCAUAUUCAUGAUAUUCGUGCCGAUCUUGCUGCUCAACAUGUUGAUUGCCAUGAUGGGUAAUACCUAUGUGACCGUCAUCGAGCAGUCCGAGAAGGAGUGGAUGAAGCAAUGGGCCAAGAUUGUUGUGACAUUGGAGCGAGCCGUGCCGCAGGCGGAUGCCAAGGGCUAUCUGGAGGCAUACUCCAUACCGCUGGGUCCUGCCGACGAUACGGGCUUCGAGGUGCGCGGCGUAAUGGUCAUCAAGAGCAAGAGCAAGACGCGCGCCAAGCAGCGCAAGGGUGCCGUCUCCAACUGGAAGCGUGUGGGACGUGUCACAUUGACGGCACUCAAGAAGCGCGGCAUGACUGGGGAGGAGAUGCGUCGCCUAAUGUGGGGACGCGCCUCCAUAUCGAGUCCCGUCAAGGUAACCAAGCAGAAGCUCAAGGACCCAUACAAUCUGCACACGGAAUCUGAUUUCACCAAUGCCAUGGAUAUGCUCACCUUUGCCAGCAAUCCGGCCGCCAGCAAUGGUGUGACCCUGCGCACAACAGCAACACCAACAAUUGUGGCUGCAGCCGUGCCGGAUCCGUUUCGUGAGCUGAUUCUGAUGUCCGAUCAGCGUCCGGACACGCACGAUCCGCACUACUUUGCCGGGCUGCAACAGCUGGCCAAUAAAGCGUUCGAUCUUGUCGAGCAGACGCUUAAGACGCAGCCGCAGCUGGCCAAAAAGUUGCCUGUGCCGGAAGUUGGAGCAACUGCACCUGCAGCACCUGUAGCUGCAGCUGGUGUCGCAACAGCUCAGCCGGCAAAGCCAGCAACGCCCGCUUUGCCUGUGCCCAUGGCCAGCAAUCUGACCAAUUUGUUUCAAGAUCCCAAGGAUAUCGUGGACCCCAAGAAACUGGAGGAGUUCAUGAACAUGCUCGCCGAGGUGGAGACGGAGGAGAGCGACAGCGGUGGUCCCAUCCUGGGCAAACUGUCGCUGGCCAAGCGCACGCACAACGCACUCUCCAAGGCGGACAUCAAGCGGUCGCCCAACUACGAUGGCCAGUCCAACAUGUCAUCGGUCUGGGGCCAGCAAUUGCCGGAUCUAAACACGCUGGCGGGCUUCAAUUUCGAAGAGACGGUGGCCGAGGAGGUGCUGACCAUUGAACAGGAAGCGGAUGUUGAGACCGAGGACGGCAAUGGCGGCGCGGAUAGCGAAGAUUUGCCCACAGCCGAACAGGUGCAUGCCACAAUGAAGCAGUUCCAUCUACGCAAAUGCCAGCCAGCCCAGGAUGAGGCAGCGCAUCGCGCCAAAAGCGCACGGAUUCGACGCCGAAACAAAGUCUCGCCCGAGGAGAGCGACGCGGAACUGGAAAGCAAACGCAAGCAGGCGUCGCGCAGGCGUUCCGCACAUGGCCGCAAAACGGAGUCGCCGCCCGAUCCGCUGGAGCCGUGGAGCACGCGCGAACUGCAGGACAUAAACAAGAUUUUAGCUAACAAGAAAUGAG